UAGAUGGCACGCAUAAAAUCUAUCGGAAUUGACGCAUAAACUUUUCUUUAGACGCAAAUGGUUGAUGGACUUAUAAAGGUGCAAUUGGACACAUAAUCUGGACAAUAGCUUAAUUUCAUUAAAAAAUUCAAUUUUUUAAGCAAGCAAACCCAAAAUCUAGUUAUAUGGGGCGUACAAGUACAGGAAGUGUUGGACGUCAACAUCCGGUUAAUAGUAUUUGUAUGUGUUCUCGUUGUGUUGAACAACUUAACGAUUUGCAUUCUUCUCGAGGUUAUAAGAGUUCUGAGUCGCCUCAUUCUACGCACAGUGAGGGUUCUGCUGACAGUGGUCGUGCAACAGGUCCUUUAACGUCUUACAGCCCGUUUGCCGAUGAAUAUGGUCUUCAAACAGAAAUAUUGCCAAUUUAUGAAUUUGAAGUGGAAAAUACUCUUGUUGGAUUGAUUAUUGGAGUUAAAGGAAAGACUAUUAGGGAACUUUGUUGCCGUGCUGAUGUUAGAAUGUUAAUAAGGCCUCACCAUACUCAAAGCAAAUACGAUACACAUCAAAUUUGUUCGGUGGAAGGACGUCGUGAAAAUAUCAACAAAUGUUUGCACAUGAUCCGUCUGCGAUUUCCUCCAUGUCGUUUUCCAGGACUUAAUUUGAAGCCAGUGCUUCCUCCACCACCAACUACUUCAGCUACUACACUUCGUGGAGCGCCUACUGCUCUUACUUUAACCGAAGGAUUGUUAAGUGAAGUUUAUAUUUCUGCCAAUGUUUCUGCUGGUCAUUUCUUUUUGCAGCUGCCAACGCAUUCUUCAUUUCCGUCUCUGACCGUUUUGGAUCAAUAUAUGCUUUCGGUAUAUACUCAACCUGGUGGUGCUCCAGACCUUCCAAAGCCGUGCAAUGUUGGUGUGUUGUGUGCAGCUCCAGCUUAUAAUGGAUGGUUUCGAGCGAUAACUUUGGCAUAUGAACCGGAACAAGAUGAGACAUUGGUACGUUUUGUUGAUUAUGGAGGAUUUGCGAGAUUGCCACGAGCUGAUUUGCGUCAAAUAAGGACUGAUUUUAUGACGUUACCGAUGCAAUCAAUUGAAUCAAAUGGUCAAUGGCAUGAAAAGGCCAAUGAGUUGUUCCAACAAUUGUGCGUUUCAAAAGUUAUUCAAGCAGCUUUAAUUGGUUAUAGUAGGCAGGAUGGAAUUCCUUUUGUUGAGUUAUAUGUUGUGGAUGAGAAUAAAAAGAGUAUUCGCAUCGAUCAUAUUUUAAUGGAGCUUGGGUAUGCAAAGCCAAUGGAUCCAUCAAUGAUUGAGCGUGUUGAUUUAUGAUGAGAUGAUGAUGAAAAGGCGAGAUAGCGCAGUGCGUUUU